GACACAAUUCUAGUCUGUGUUUUUUACCAGCAGGUGGCGUUAAUUGCCUUCUAGGCAAGUUUGUAGGAAGCAAAGUUUGCAGACUGAAAAUCCUUCCUGAAUGUAUCCAGGAAUCAAUGCAAGAUAAUGUUAAGAAGUGAUAUUGUUCUUUUUCGCACUCUUACAGUGAUUGCCUUUGCUGUUGGACAUGAAGGUCUCUAUGUCCAUGGUCCCUCGGGUCCAGUUGUGGCCCAGCUGGGAGGUUCGGUUCUCCUGCCAUGCUUUGUUGAAAUCCCACUGCCUCUGGAAGGUCUGCAGGUGGAAUGGAGAAGGAAGGAUUCCGAUUCUCUAGUCGGUCUCUUCCAACAAGGAAAAAGUUGGCCAGAUCUCCAGAGUCAGAUGUUUAGAGGCAGAGUGGACUUUUUUCCACAUGAGCUCACAAAAGGGAACUUCUCCAUCUUACUCAAAAAUGUGAUUGAAGAAGACGCUGGAGGUUACAGAUGUAAAGUAAAUACAGCCCAAGACUCCAGUGAGGUCAUAAUGGAAGUUAGUAAUAUCCGGAGUUUUGUGGUGACUGGGUCAGACCGAGCCAUCUUUGCCCCUGCGGGUCACGACAUUGUACUGAAUUGCUCUGUAAAUUUACAUGUACUAGCCAGCGAGAUUGAAGAAGUGACCUGGAAAAAAAUGGGCAGAGAGAGAGAACAUGACAUAUCUGUCCUGCUUUAUCAAGACAAGACGAUCUUUACAGACUCCUCACAUGAGAGAUAUUGGGGGAGAGUUGAUUUAUUUUCUUCUGAAAUCCCGAAAGGAAACUUCUCGCUUAAGCUGAUGGAUGUAAAGUUUGAAGAUAAAGGAGAGUUCAUGUGUGAGGUCCACACCAGGAACAUGUCAGGACGUACCAGUUUGGUUCUGCAAAGAAUUGGUUUAUCGGCACUUCAUGUGUCCAUAUUGGUGUUGUGCUCUGUUGCACUGGUGCUUUCAGUUGGAUUGUGUGUUCCUGUUUUCAACAAGUUGAGAAGGAAAGUUACUAACAGGAAAUACAUGACGAUGUACGCUUUGCUAACUCUUUGUCCAAAUAUCUGCAUCUGUGUUGCUUUUGGAUUGUGGUCAUCAGAAGGGAUUUUCUCAGAGAUCGUCGCUUGUUCAGCUGUCAGUAUUGGACGGCCCAUAAUGCUGAUAAAGACCGCACCUUAUCUUGACAGAUUACCCGAGCGUGUGCAGAAAUAUGUGAAAGCUUUGGCUGUACCUCUUUACUACUUGAUACCAGCAGUGGCUUCAUGUUCACUUUUUUUUGAUAAUCUACUUCAGGCCCAGACAGCAUAUGAACAUAUGAAAACAUUAAUGGCGGUGGUAAUAUCCGUGUCAGUCGUCGCUGCUGUCGUUUUAGCUGUUAUUGAUCUGAAUAUAUUUUCGAUUGUGUGCCUCGAAACCUUCAAUGUUGCUUUGCUUGCUCUUUUCAUCCAUCAAUCUAAUAACGCUAAUUUUGACCUUUGUGCAAUCCUUAUUGUGAACAAUCCAUGCAUCAACAAAAUACCGAUAGUUGCAACAUUGCCACCUCUCAUCAUGGCACUGAUGAUGAUUCUGUUUUUUCAAAAGCAUUACUUUCAGCAAAAACCUUUUGGGUGUCUGCAUAUUGCUGUGGCAUCUGUUUUUGUGAUUUUGUUCAGCCUGCUGGAUAUAUCAUUUUUUGUGCUCAUGGGAUUUAUCCUUCAAGAUUUUACCAAAGUAUGGAUAUUUCCAGUUGAGUCGGUAAUCUAUAUCAUUGCGUGGCUAGCAGUGAUUGCUCUGCUGCGAAGUCAACGACAAGGAUGUUGCUCCCAACGGAAAGGGCUUGGAUAUUUGUGUUGCGUUGUCAUUGUCUUGUUUCUAAUCAGUGCAAUUGGUGCACUCUGCCUUCAUUUUGCUAUGGAGGCCUUGGAACAUAAAAAAGAUCGUGCUGGAUAUGUGGCUUUGGUCAUUUUACUCCAUGUUUUAGCAGCAACAUCGUUGUUCAAACAUCCAACACAUUUGCCUGAGUUUCUUCAUGUUAUGAUCUUCAUGUUUGGAUCUGUAGGACUCGUUGUUGUAAAUUCACUCGUUCUUGUCAUGGAACUAUUUCUAAAAUCAGGGAAAGGAGCACGGACUGUAGAAGAUCUACGUGUGAUCGUUUUACCGUUUGAAACUGCGUUCGUUAUGGCUUGGCUUGCUUUGCAAACCUAUAGUGCAUGGAUGAGAUUACAAGUCCGAAUAAAAAAGAAUUUUGAAGAUGAUAGAGUACCAGCACCUGAGGAAAUGGAGGCUCUUCCUGUCCAACGUAUCUGAGAUCAAUAAACUAUGAAUCUACAUGGAAUAUUAUAACCCACACCUCAUCAGUGGAUUAUUGAAGAAACUGGCUAUAUGUUCUAAAGAAACAUUGUGAAAUUAUCAUAAAUUUCCAGCUCAUAAAGGACUAAUGUUUGAUUACUGUCCUGUUUCCGCCCUUAUCACUCUAGUUCAUUUCUGUUUUAACAAAUGUUUACAGACAUUUUAUCCUUAACCAUCUACAGUACAAGUAAGUUACUUCCAUUUAAUCCUAGAUGUUUAACCCAUUCCACUUUUUUGUUACCACUUUUCAAAUUGCUUCUGUCUUGUAUAGUAAAAGUAGUUUGUUGUUUAAGUCUUCAGUAUAUUGGACCCUUCACACUAUAAAUAAAGAUGCUUCAUUUUAACAUUAUGGAAUAGCAAGUUAUGUCUAAAAAUGUAUUUUUCUUUUUAAAUUGUAAUAAAGCAGAUUUAUGGAUUUCAGACAAAGACGCCACAUUUUCAACCUUUGUUCACUUUGUACUGCCAUUAGUUUUCAAAUUGCUGUAAUUUUAUUUUAUGAAGAGAAAUCCUUAUCAAUCUAAAAUUAACAAGUCGAUAUUUUAAUCUGGAGCUUUGCUGUGUAUAUCCUCUGUGGCCUCUGAUUUCUUUUUCCAUUUGAAAUGGUCAGGUAGCAGAUUUAUGGAAUUCAGAACUAAAACAAAGCAGACCUAAUGUGUUUACAUGGGUAACUGUUUUGUUGUUUGUUUGUGGAAUUGAGUUGGGGUUUUUUUUUACUCAUGCCAUUACUGUAUUUUACUACUGUUUGAAUUCUUUGAUAUGUUUUUGACAUUCAUUUUAACCAAAUAAAAUAAUUUCUGGACAUAUUUGUACUUAUUAUAAAACCUUUAUAGCCUCACAUUAUGCACAUGGUUCUAAAAGGUUUUAUUCUCUUGUUGGUAGAAUUGUGUGUUGAAUUUAUCAUUGUUGUUUACUUGAGUUAUUGGAAGAGAAAUACAGUGGAUAUUAAUAUGGAUUGCCAUUCUACUGUAAUAUUUAUGUCCAAAAUAAAGCAAAUACUGAUGAGUAUA